AGAAUCACGGGAACAAUUGGGAAACUUGAAACAAAAGUAUCUUAAUGUAAAAAUCAUGACAAUAACAGCUACCUACUGGUAUUCUGAUAUUGAACACCUUCAGAAAAAUUUUCACAAUCCAGAUCAAUUUUCUGUUAGUCAGGAAAAUGUAUUAAUAAGUCAAGAAUUACAAUAUAAA